CUGUUAUGAAGGUAAAUAUUUGCUAUGAUUAUGAUCAACACGAACUCAGAAAUGUAGUAAUAGGUAUUGCCUCAAGAUAUCAGUAUUCAAGGAUUGUCUAAAACACAUAGACAGCUAAAUAGACAACUUAAUAUUUCGUCAAAAAUGAUUUCUCUAUAUUUAUAUUAGUGAAAGAAGUAAUAUCUACAAAAUAUAAGAACAAUAAUCACUCACUGUGGUUGGGGCUACACCGACUAUUUCUUCUUUCAGGACAGCUGCUAUUUCUCUAAUCCUGUCGUUAUUUUUGGGUAACUGGAAGAUGCCGUUGCCGUUUUGGUCUAAGACGAAAGGAUUUCACUUAACACGUUCAAAUUUCCAUCAAACUGCAGGGGUACUGAUAGCGCUUCUGUUUGGAUGGGCACUCUGCGCCAUAAUCACCGAAUUCCAUGGCUUCUCCGACGACCCGGAGGCGCCUGAGUAUUUCGCGAGGACGGACACCAUGUCUGGAAUUAUACAGAACGCCAGCUGGAUUUACUUCCCCUAUCCAGGGCAGUUUGGCACGCCUUUGAUUAGGGGAGACGCUUUGCUUGGAUUCUUCAUUGCAACCAUGAUUUCCAUCCUUGACUCAAUUGCUGAUUACUACGCAUGUGCGAUGGCCUGCAAUGUCCCGCCCCCUCCUGCUCACGCAGUCAACAGGGGAAUUGCCGUAGAGGGAUUUUGCUCUUUCCUGGCCGGGACAUUAGGGUGUGGCCAUGCAACGGGGUCAUAUGGCGGAAACAUUGGCGCAAUACGUAUCACAAAGGUAGCCAGCAGACGUGUGUUUCUGGUGCUUGGGUGCAUAUACAUGUUGUUUGGGAUCAUUGGUAAGCUGUGUGCUGUAUUUAUCACCAUACCCUACCCCGUAUUAGGGGGAACUAUGCUGAUUAUGGUCAGUAUGUACUUGGGGGUGGUCAUCGCAAACCUCCAUCACGUGGAUCUCAGAUCCAACCGGAAUCUGGCCAUUAUGGGGAUAGCCAUUACUGUUGGAACCAUAGUGCCGUUCUGGAUAGAGAAAAAUCCGGAUCGCCUAAAUACGGGAAACGAAACAUUAGAUCAAAUCAUCAAAACGGUAUUCGGAAAUGCGACAAUUGCUGGUGCUCUGUUGGCAUGCGUACUAGACAACACUUUGCCCGGAACUCCUGCUGAACGAGGCCUGACUGCUUGGACAGAGGUGGCGUCUAGCAAGAGUGACGUCAUAAUGAAAGAUGAAAUGGAGUAUUCAGAAGGAUUAGAAGUUUAUGAUCCAAUAGUCCCCGGAUGUGUGCAUGGGUGGAAGGGAUUACGAUAUAUUCCCAUCAUGCCUGACACGUUUUCAUACAAACAAAAGGAGUUGGAUAUUAAAGAGAAUGCAUAACAUGUUUUCCAGAUAUUUCAUAAAUGAUACCACUGACAUUUUAUAAAACUCUGGAUUUUUUUCCCUGUUUAUUACGAAACUUACAUAGAACGUAUUAGUUUACAGUAGUAAUUUUAUGCUAUUUUCUUCCCUUCUGUGUUUUGAAAUCUUAAGCUAUUUUGAUUUCCAUAUUGGGAUGGCUUUAACCUUUCGCCAUCCGAUGUAAAAAAAUUUGUACAGAAAGAAAACAUAUAAUAAAUUAUAAAAUACAUCUUUCAUACAAUCUGCCUGUUAAGUAAUGAACGUCCACCAUUGUACAAUCAAAUCUUUCAGACGCAUCCGGUAAAUUCUAGCAUUCGUAUACACAAGUGUCCAUUUUCUUUUUGAUGUAAUGUUUGGAAAAUAAUUUAACCAGUCGCUGUUUUUAUGUUUUCGUGUAAGUACUUUUAUAUUUUCUUCAGCUUUUAGCCUUUUUCUUGGUCUCUAAUUUCUAUGAUCUUCAUGCUUGUCAUGCAAUGUUGACUACAAACUAUUUUGAUAUACAGGAAAUCAUUCACUAGACUGUACAUUUAUCAAAGGCACAAUUUGUUAAAAAAUAUAUAACAUUGCUGAGUUUAA